GAGUUCCCCACAUAACUAAACCUGAAUCGAUACAGUACACUACGUUUCCCACAGUUCACGAAACAGUGACAGAGAUAGCCAACAGAGCUGUAAUUUUCAAUUUUAAAUAUUUUUGCGCAUUAUUUUUGGAAAAAUAAUAAGUGAAAAUGGUUCGUGUGAUAAGUCAGGGAUUUAGCACUCCAAGGAGCCGACACAGUUCCGGCGAGGAAAUGAUCGAAAGGUUCGCCGAAAUGAAAGCUACCGGUACAUCGUUUGAUGACAAACAGACACUUAAAGAUGACCUGUCUCCAAAACCGUUGGUGAUUGAUUGUAACACGGAUACGAACGAUUCAUACAGUGGUCAAGACUCGGAGGACGAUGGUAGAUGCUUCAGAAGAGACAGAGAGAACAAUAACGUUCAUCCGUACCAGGACGUGACUGUUAUGAAGAAGGAACGUCGUCGGGAACGUAAUAAAGUGUCGGCACAAAAUUACAGACAGAGACGUCGGCAACAGAGCUCUGCCGCCCAUAAGUCACUCGAAUCGCUGCAAGUGCACAACAAGAACCUGCUUGACCAGGUCCGCCAGCUGGAGGCCGAGAAGCACAUCGUCGAGGAGUACUUGAAGAGCUGUGUGCGCGUUCCCUGGUGCCCUUUUCAUCGCGCCUCACCGUCCCCACACCACCACUGCACGCCCACCAUCCCCGAACACGAGCCCAUUCAGCCCAUCGUUCAGCCGAUUAGUCCGCCAUAUCCCGGUGACACAACUCUCGGCGCGUCAUGUCCUCCACCCGAACAGCCUUGCUGUAAUGGCGCGAGCAAUUUCCCCCAGCUCGACAACUGUCGCCCGAUGAACAUGACCGUUGACAACGAGUGUCGACCUGUUGCUAUGGCGCCAGACAACGCCAACAACAACACCAACACCAACAUGCCCCAGUGCAUGCCCGGCGGCGCCCCUUCGUCGGGAGACAGUUCGACUCCAUGAGGCCCAAAUCUCGUGCUUGUUUGAACUUGAACGUGACGUAUUUGCACGAGGUAGUUUAUGUUGCCCGCACCACAUGACAGCCAGUGUACUCAUCAUGGCUGAAAUGCCGUUAUUAGCACGUUGAGAUGCAUACAAGUUUUCCCAUCCAGUUCAUUGUUUAGGACUUGUAACACUGAUGUUAAGCUGUCAUUGCGGGAAAGGGCAACGCAGGCAGCGUUGUUUGUGAGGAACAGUUUAGCGUACCGGCGUAUCUGCACUCUCGCCAGUUCCGAGUGAGGUACCAAAACUGAAGGAUGGCCCAGUCCCCGGAGGCGUAAAGGCCUUUCAUAGGAAUGAAACGUUUGGUACCCAAUUGUAGAUAAAUACAUGUACACAGAUUAAGAACAUUAAUUCAGAAAUGUAUCUUGAUAAAAGGAUGACUGCGUUUAUUUUGUAGUAGUUAUUUCGUAGAAAUCGUACUUUUUUAUGCCUUAUUAUAAAAAUGCAUUUGCACAAUUGAUGUUGUAAGUUUUAGUGAUGUUUUCAAUUGUAUGGCAAUUUUAAACGUUUUUUCUUUCUUUUUUGUAAAACUAUUUUUCUUAAUGGUAUACCAUGUACAUUUAUAUUUGUUGGAACUGUUAGGUCGAUCUCAAAUGUCCACGAUUUCAUGUAUGUACUUCUCUUUUCAUAACAAUGCAAUACAAGUAGAUAUUACUUUAGCUUAAUAUUGAAUGAGUAAAACAUAUACAUAGAUAUAUAGCCAUUAAGAUGCAUUUCAGUUGCUUUUUGUAUAUAUAUAUAUAUCUUAUUAUAAGAGCUGUGUUCGUUGUCACCAUUUCAUCUUGGCAAGUUUCAGAAGUUUCACCUUGAUCAUGUAUUUUUCAAUAUUUUGUAUUUUACACAAAUUUAUCUUGUUAAGUAAAAGGGAAAAAAUG